AAAGUUGAAGUUUCUAUGCAGAAUAGGAAGCGAAAAACACUUUUCUUUAAACUGUAUGUGAUUGUAAUGUGCCAUUAGGGGCAAUAAUACUGGAAAUUGAAAGUGAUAGCUAACAUCACGUGAGUGGUUUUACUUGGAAGGUAUAUAUACUAUUGCAGGAGGAAGUUGCAUUUGUCACAUGCUGAAAUGGACACGGUCAGAGUGUCUCUGUGGUGUGUGUUGGCUCUGCUCACCUUCCUCUCUCUGGAGGCUUCAGAAUCUAACCCUGGAGUUAUAGUGAGAGUCACUCAAAAUGGGCUUGAGUAUGAACGUCAGAUUAGCAUCACCCCCCUACAGGAGGAGCUCAAAACCAUCUACAUCUCAGACAUGCAUGGCACAGCAGAAGUUUUAUUUAUGGACGUCGACUACAGAGUGACAGACAUGAAGAUCCAGGACGUCGAGUUACCCACGUCAGCUGUGAGGUUGGUACCUGGUACCGGGGUGAGUCUGUCCAUCACCAAUGCCUACAUUAGCGUGAGAGGCAACUGGCAUGUCGAAUAUCUCUUCAUAGACGAUGACGGCUGGUUCGAUUUGGCCAUUAGAGGACUCAGCAUCAGCGCCACCAUCGCUGUAAAUAACGAUGGUUCGGGUCAUCCGAUGGUCAGCACUGCUUACUGUACAUCUUCUAUUGGCCAAGUCGAUAUCACACUUCAUGGAGGUCUGAGCUGGCUGUAUCAGCUGUUUGACGGCUACAUCAAUUCAGCUCUGCUUGAUGCCUUACGGCCACAGCUCUGUUCUCUGGUGACUGAAGAAAUAAAUAGCUUGAAUCUACAUCUGAAAACUCUAAAUGUUUCUGCACCAGUUGACAAGUACGCUGAAAUCGAGUACUCCAUGUUGGGGUCGCCGUUUGUUUCUAAUUCUGGCAUUGAUCUCAGUUUAAAGGGGGAGUUCUACAACAUCGGGCAGCAUAAGGAGCCUCCGUUCUCCCCGACACCCAUCUCCCUCCCUGCACAGGGCAGCAAAAUGAUGUAUAUCGGAUUAUCAGCCUUCACCUUGAACUCAGCCGGCUUUGUGUACAACAACGCCGGAGUGCUCAAACUCUACGUAACAGACGACAUGAUCCCUUCCAGUUUUCCCUUUCGACUGGACACGAAGACAUUUGGGAAGUUAAUUCCACAAAUAGCUAAGCAGUACCCUGGCCUGAUGAUGAAGCUCCUGGUGAAGGCUGUGAAGGAGCCGAACAUCUCAUUUGAGCCCAACAACAUGACUAUGCAGGCAAUCAGCACAGUUACAGCCUACGCUAUUCAGCCCAACGCCACGCUGACUCCUCUAUUCGUCCUCAACGUGAAUGCCAGCGUGAGCGCUUUGAUUUAUGUCAGUGGCCUCAGAGUGGCUGGAAAUUUGACUCUUAACAAAAUUGACAUGACAUUAGGGACGAGCUAUGUGGGACCAUUUCAGGUGGAAUCACUUGACAAUGUUUUUAGGACCAUCUUGACUGCUGCUGUGAUACCCAAGGUUAAUGCUCGCCUACAGCAAGGUUAUCCUCUACCUGCCAUCGGAAAAAUGAAUCUGCUCAACACUCAGCUUCAAAUCCUGAAGGAUUACGUGUUGAUCGGGACAGACGUCCAGUUCAUGGGCUUGAAUCUACCUGAUGUCCUCUAACAGUGGAUUCUGUUUACUAAUUUCCUCAUAUGAAACGCUCUUCAUGAUAAAUAAUGAGUUCAUGAUAAAUAAACUAGUGGCAUCUCUA